AUGAAUCUUUAAGAAAAAAAUUUUAUUCUUAUUCGACUAUUAUUUGAUUACAAUCAUAACAACAAAUAAAAAUCUCAAAUUAAAGCUUCGUAUUUGUAAUGCUUCUUACAAGCAUUUUCAAUUUAGAAUUCAUGUUAAUAACAUUCUCCUCAGCAUUAAGUAUUGCUUUAUCAAACUAUCAUUUUUUGUUUUUAAGGAACUAAAAACUAUCCAGAUUCCAUUUUAUUCUCUAUAUAUCAUUUCAUUCACAAUUGCAGUAUUGCUAAGUAGGGAUAAUAUACAUACUUCUAAAGUGGCUUUCAUAUCACCAGGAACUAAUUUAAAGGUCUUACGCUAAUUAACUAAGCGAGAACAACUCCUGAAAGUCAUAUUAAGGAGAUCCCGUUCUUUAUUUUCGAAGUUCAUUCUCAUAUUGUAAUUCUGAUAUAAUCUUCAUUUCUUCUGGCAAAUAUUUUAUAUCAAAUUUUCUACAAAUCUUUUUAUUUCAAUGUGUUUAGCACAGCCAACUAAGCUCUUCUAUUUAGAAAUAGAUUAGAAACAUAGGUCCCUGUCGAUAUUGAUAUCUUAAAAAUAUCAAUUUACAAGGGAGGUUCAAGAACUAUUUUGAUAUCCUCAUUCCCUAUCAAGAUUAUUCUAAUCUAAUCUUUUCAUUUGAGACAUUAAAAGCUCUUCAUGAUUCAGUUUAUCAAACUAAGGUUGAUUAGAUCAAGGAUUUGA